AGCUGCAAGUUUGUGAGCAUUCACAGACUUACAAUGCAAUGUGAUGACGUGGAUUUAUUAUUUCAAAGCAAAACUUUUUUGUCGCUUUAAAGAGAAUAUAAAAUUACACGACAGUAAAAAUUCAUGAUUGUAGUCAGGUAGAGGGCUGGAUGCGUUAUUGGGAGUAAAAAAGACAUUGGUGUUAUUUUAUUUUAUUGUUUGCCAAAUUUAUCCUGAAGGAGUGAUCCUCUGAAUGAGUUUGAAAUGCUCAUAUUUUUCACCAUUCUCUUUUUUUUUUUAUAGACGUUGUUUCAGGAGGAGACUGACAAGCAUGCGUUUGUUGUCCUUUUAAAUGCACCGUUUGAAACUCUGAAGGCUAUAAUGGAAUUUGUAUACCAAGGGGAAGUUCAAAUUCCAGAAGGGAAUUUGGAAUCAUUUCUGACUGUGGCCCAGUCCUUGCAGAUCAAGGGCCUAAAUGGAUUUACCAGGAAUUAUAAUAAGAACGUAUCUGGUAGUGGAGCGGCAAGUAUCUCUCAUGACCUCUUGAAGGACGUUCAGGAUAGCAGUGUAAAUCAAAGCGUUCAUUUGAACAAGGACACCCCAGAAAAUGCUUGCCAGCAGCAUCUCCACCAUUCAGAUGGCUACACAAAUGUGCUCACAGACUCUUCUGUUCCCUUUGAAUCGUGUAGUGUCUCGCAAGAGGACGUGCAAACGGCAUCACCAUUGCAAGAGCCUCAGAGGCCUGUGGGAUGUGAUGCGGUGUCUUUUGAAACAGAAAUAUCUGUGAAACUCGAACCUUUGUAUGAUGUGUUUUCUGAAACACAUGUGCCAGAGAACAUUAAAAGUGCUAAACCAACAGCUGGAGGUUUUAUGAGUGAAACGAAUGUAGGAACUGAUGUAUUUCAUAAACAGAAUUUGAAACAAUAUCCAAGUUGUACCGAGUCCUCUCUUGGAAAUGAGGAAUCAUCAGCGAAGCCAUCUCCACAACCUUCUCAUUUGGGUGGUGAAAUGGAUUCAGAAGGGAUCAUUGUUAACCAGCAUGAACCUUUGCUGCCUAUGAUUUUGGUGCCAAAAAGUGAGCUUGAGGAGGACCCAGGGAAUGGAGAACCUAUGGAUGACCAAGACAUGCCAGGAAAUGAUACAAAUGCAGGAACAGAAUCUGCAAAUUUCGAAGAAAAUCUUGACCAAUGCAUACGUGCAGAGGGAAGUCAGUUGGAGAAGAACGAGGCAUCGCGGAAUGGAGACUGGCAGCACCGGGGGAUAGGACAAGAGAAGAAUACAUACGCUUCUCCCUCAGUAACGCAGAUAUACGUGGGGAUAAACGACCACAUACAGGAUCUAAGGUGCAAUGAGUGCCCCUCCACCUUCACUUCGACACUGGAUCUCAGGCAACACCAGCAGCUCCACAUAGAAGAGCGUCCAUAUCGUUGCAACUUGUGCAAUAAGUCAUACGUUAAGAAAAUGAGUCUUGUCUAUCACAUGCGCUUGCACACGGGGGAGCGUUCAUAUCGAUGUGACUUGUGCGAAAAAGAUUUCGUGCAGAAAGCAAACCUCGUCUAUCAUAAGCGUACCCACACGGGAGAGCGUCCGUAUCGCUGCGACGUGUGCGGUUAUACGUUCUCUCGGUCACAUCACCUCAAAAAUCACAAGCGCACGCACGACUGGACACGAACGAUCGGACGUACAACUGGGAGAGGUAGCUCGGAGCAUCAAGUGAUGUCAUUGCAAUCGCUGUGACCGUGAGGUCGUUGGUUCGAGUCCCGACGGAGGCAGUAUUUUCGACACUAGCUUGUUUGCUUGGUCGAAUUCCGUCGGUGUGGAGGAGAAUUCUGACGGCCGGCUGCCCUGCUUGGUUGUUUUACGCAACUUUUCUGAUCGUCAGUAGAAUGCCGGAGCAGCACCCUAACAAACUGGCCUCGAACCGCGCGCGAUCUCAUCGUCCUAUUCCUUAUCCCAACCUCACUACACACUCACACACAUAUACACUAACAUGCAUUGCACCACCCACACAUGCCGGGAGUUAAGAGCUUGUCCCGGCUGGGGCAGUGCCCCGUUGGCGGGAUAUACCUGGUUGGGGAAAACCGCUCUAGCCGUCGGUAGGUCGGCGCCGGAUCUCGCCAUACAAGAGGGGAAAGAUCACCGCCUUCUCCCGAGCAAAAAUACAUGCAGCACACUUACGGGACUAAUGAGCUUGGUCUUGGACGUGCCCGGAGUCAGUAAACAAUCAAAUCAGUUGGACAUACAGCUGUGAUGUGUGCUGUUACACGUUCUUUUGGAUGGAGCGCCUCAUUGCUCACAAGCGUACUCCCACGCUCGUAGAGCUGCGGCGUGUAUGGAAGGAACUUUGCAAACACAGGCAGCCUUUUGAACCACAAGCGAUAGCAUGCAGAAAGUCAAACACAGCCAACGCGCUUGUGCUGCCAGGAUUGCUGUGGUGGCAUUUGUCCCGCUAUGCAACAUUUUUCAAAAUAUGUAUUUUCGGGAGUUUUCAAGUAAUUUUUUUACAAUAAAAUUUUGGGACGAUUCAUGCUAGUAUGUAAGGCUAGUAACUUUGAUCCAUGUGAUGUUUUAAAGCAAUAAAUGUUUAGUAAUAAAUUGUAUAUAUGUAUAAUGUAAUAAAAUAAUGAAUGUUA